CAGUAGAAGAACUAAUCACGAAGACAUACAAGCGGAAAUGGCAGCCCUGGGUAAUACCAGAAUGCAUCGGCGUGUCUUUUAUCCAGUUAUUGUUGAUGAACGCUUACGCCAGUGAAUGCAGUUUUGAGGAUAUGUGGAGAGAUUUUUAUUGACUAUAAUAUAGAUCCUUGUAAAUCAGAAAAUAGUACUGAAUGUGUCCAUGAAGGGGUUGAUUCCAAUCUCUCUGGUCCUCAGAUAGCGUUAGCUACCCUGCUGGAAAUAGCUGCUAACCAGACACUGAAUACAAAGCCAUGAGUACUGCCCUGGAUAUAUCUGAGCCGAGCAGCCCGCAGUCUUGCUUGGGAGAGCCUGAUACCCCGGGUGCGCUGAAUCGUGCCUGUUUACGAGACGACAGCAGUUUGCUUGUGGAGGACAGUGAUGGUGAUUGCAAGGACCUUAGUUCUGUUACAGUACCCGAAACGCCAAGUCCUCUUUGUCUCAGAAGGCGAGUGCGUCUCCUUGACGCAAGAACUGAAACCGGGCCACCAUCCCUGACCUUCGACCCGAGGUGUAAAGCUGAAGACAAGUCUUUGGUUGACACCCUGUGCACUACUCCGACCUCACACCAGAAACAGAAGCGCCGCAGAAUAGUCGAGGAAACCUCAAGCUCAGAGGUGGAGAAACACAACCACUGUGGCAGUAAUGGAUUUGUGCCUGCCUCAAAAUUAAUGCAACAAUAUCCCCCCUGGCUGGAGGUCCCUCGCCCUUCCCACUCUUUCUCAUCAUCAUCAUCUUCAUCCAUACUCUCUCAAAGUGGGCCAUCAAGGUCAGACAUUAGACUUGUAGAUGAGGCUGCAUGCCAAUCAAGACUAGGACUUGCAGCAGAUUCCACGGAGCACCACAGAACACACAGAACCAACAGAAAGAGGGAAAGGCCAACUAAGAAUGCUUCCGCAACCAUAAGUAGCUCAUUCUCUAAAUACGCAAAGAACACGGAUGUUGAGAGAUCCCCACCUCAGACUGGCCUGUUUCACUGUAGAGGUACAGCCGCAGAGGCACAGUCUAGGCCUGUUCCACCAUCACCUCACCACAAACAUGAAGAGAUAGUCAUUAUCGACGAUGACGAAGAUGAUGUUAUAGUCGAGGCCAUGGUUCGCUCGGUUCAGGUGGCUGAGGAUGAAGCGAUUGCCAGAAGUCUUCAGGAUCAGUUUGAUCGAGAGGAACAACAACAGCAGUUGGAACAAAGAAGGCAACAAGCAAUGCACUCAAAUAGACAUCAUCCUCCCCAUCCUCCCCACAGGUAUAAUCCAUAUGGAGGUAUGGGCUGGAUGUCUGCAUGGUCCCACAUGGCCGCCGACCCUGGCUUUGGUUAUGUUCCUCCCACCCUAGCAGAGUUACAACAGGCCAUGUUUGCUGGACCAUCAGGAAGGCAUCCAGGACACCGCUUCAAUUCACGUUCUCAUAACCACUCUCGCAGACAAGGUCAACGUGUACCAUUGGAUUUAUUUAAUGAUAGCCAGGGAAACAACUAUGAGGCUCUGUUGGCCUUUGAAGAGGGUCAAGGUUCAGUCAUGCCCAAAAACAUCUUGACCAAAAGGGAGAUUGAAAGGCUUCCCACAAAAGCAUACAAUCCUGCACACAGUGCUGGGAAAACAGAGUGCCAGAUCUGUUUUUGCGAAUACACAGAGGGAGAACAGCUGAGAAUGCUGCCUUGUCUACAUGACUACCAUGUGAAAUGCAUUGACCGCUGGCUAAAGGAAAAUGUCACCUGUCCUAUUUGCAGAGCAGACGUGUCACAGACAUCAAGUUAGCCCUCAUGACUCAGGAAGCAGUGUCUACCUCACAGCUUGACAAUGUGAUUGUGCAUCUGCCCAUUUACAUUUGUCAGAGCAAUACAGAACGAUUUAAAAAAAUAAACUACAACCCUGGUUUGGUUAACUUAGUGCUCAAAAAUGUUUUCCUUGCCCUGCAACACAGCAUUUUAACCACUGUAUUUAAUUUUAUUCUGCUAAUAAAAUCAUUCCAUGGAGUUAAUUAAA